UAAAAUCAUCGGCGAUAAAAAAGCUGCAAGCUCGGUAUAGUUCUGCGAAAGAUUCCGUCACAAAUAUAUUUGUGGCGGAAUAAUAUAGGUAUCUCGAAUAUUACUGCACUUAGAAUAUAUAAUUGAGGUAGUAGCAAAUAUGGCAUUGAUUAAAGAAGUCGUCUACAAUGCCGGCCGAUGUUCAGGUUACAAAUCUUUCUUUAAUGGAUUUCACACGACUUCGAUGAGAUCGGUCGAUCAAAGUUGGCGAAUUAAAAAUAGACUAACCGAAAAUCCAAAUGCAUUUGGACCGUUAACAAAUAUGAGUGAUUAUUCAUUUAAGGAUGGAAGAGUCACCCCGUUAGGAGUAAAACAGUUGAUACGCUUGAAUAAACAUCAGGAGUAUACGAAAAGAAUAAUUACAUUAGUUAGCCAGAUAGACUACGCCGUCAAAAGGUACGAUAAGUUGCAACUGGAGGAAAACGAAAGAAGACAGAAAAUUCUUGAGAGCAAGCUGAAACCCAAAGGCAAACCACUUAUGUUAACGAAACCCAAAUAAUAAUUUGUUAUUCUAUAAUGUGUUGCAAAAAUAAAUUGAAAAAUAAAAACAAGUUUAGUAAGGUAUCAUGUUAGGAGAAAUAAAUUUUCGGUAGGUGUCAGUGUAAUAAA